GCGAGUGUGCGCGCGUCUCGUUAUCCUGUGUCCGUAUUAUCGUUUAAUAAUCCUCGUGUGUCCAAAAAUCCUAACGUUUAAUUAAUCCAUUAAAAUCGUCCAUCAGUAUCGUUAUUGUUCACCGUGAACACUGAGUAUUAUUUUCUGUGCAUUUGUUAUUGCCAUCCCCUUCCCCCUGAAUUCCUUCCCCCCUGUCCAUCUCCCCCGCCCCACCCCCAACCGUCCCAAUACCCCUCGCGAUAACAGUGAGAGACUCGAGUGCCGACACCAAGGAGACAUGUACCCUGUGGAUUUUGGAAUUUAAACGUGUGCUGGGUACAUGCGUCUUUACACCUUCAUUGUUCUGUGAGUGAAUUUGGGAUUAACUCGAGUGAUUUGUGCUAAUCCCCCUGCGAAUCCUGAUGUUCAUCUAGUUAUUAACAUCUCCCCCUCCCCGCCAAAUCUGUUUGUUACUCUUUAUUUUUUCGCUUUUUACGGUUAACGAUUGAGACAUCUAGAUUUUUCCCGCGUUGUGAUUCCGAAUUAGUGUGGCGGUGGCAAACUGUUGUCAAUUUUGACGGUAAUUAACCGCUCCGGGGCGGAAUUAAUCAUUCAAAAUUCGGGUUAAGAACAGAGAACCGUUGCCAUCCUACGCGAUGGAGAUAAGCGACGAAUAUCAGGACAUGGGGAAUCCUGGUGGUGGGGUCGCUAUGGCGAAUAUGCCGCUUGGACAUCAUCGACACACACCUGAUAGUCCUCUGUCACAUCAGGAGGAGGACCUCUCGGAUCCCGACCUCCAGGAUGAGGAGAGUGGUGAAGAGUUACCGCAGCAGCCACUACAGGGAAACAAUCACUCGUCCUCAGAUACAUCCACAGGCCCCAUUGGUACUCCCACACCGCUGACACAUUUAAAUAGUUUGAUGAAUGCGCAUCAUCCACAUUUUUUGUCAAAACUCAAGACAGAGUCAAAUGAAAUGGAUCUGCUGAACAACAAAUCUGGUCUUGAAGCCCUCCAAGCGGCAAUAGGGAGUGGUGGCUUCAACCUUCCAUUCAACUUUCCACCCCCAGCGGCAUUUCUCACCCCACAACACCCCAACAACAAUCCACAAACACCGGGUGGCGGUGGAGGAGGUGGAGGUACCAAUAAUGCUGUUAACUCAUCAGCGAGUUCACACUCCAGUGAGUCAUCCCAAGGCUCAGCGAGAAAUUUGAGUGAAGCUCGGGAGGGCACAGGCCAGUCACAAAAUACCAACAACUCAAACUCACAUCAACAGACCAGCUGGAGUUUCGAGGAGCAGUUCAAACAGGUGCGUCAGCUGUACGAGAUAAACGACGAUCCAAAGCGCAAGGAGUUUCUCGACGAUCUCUUCAGUUACAUGCAAAAACGAGGUACUCCAAUAAAUCGGCUACCAAUAAUGGCAAAAUCGGUAUUGGAUCUGUACGAGCUCUACAAUUUGGUAAUUGCUCGGGGCGGUCUUGUCGACGUAAUCAACAAGAAACUGUGGCAGGAAAUCAUCAAGGGACUUCACCUGCCGUCUAGCAUCACAUCCGCUGCAUUUACCCUACGAACACAAUACAUGAAAUAUCUAUAUCCCUACGAGUGUGAGAAACGAAGACUGUCCACCCCAGCGGAAUUGCAAGCGGCAAUUGACGGAAACAGACGUGAGGGACGUCGCAGUAGUUACGGUGCCUACGGCGGAGGUGGAGGUGAUAACAUGAUGCAGAGAAAUUCCCACACACCAAGUUCACUCGCCUUGCAUGCUGGAAUGUCACCAUUAUCGCUGGUCACAGCAGUAGGAGGUCAGCAUCAUGGUUCACAAUCACUGCUGAAUGGAAGCACAGCACAUACCCCCCUGACGCACCAUCCACAUCAUCCCCAGGGUUUGGGACAACUACCAAAUGGACCAAUACCUGGUCUAGCUGCGGCUGAGCUGGAGGCGCGAAUGGCUGAAUACAUAAAACUAUUCAACAAGGAAUUCAGAAAUGCCGGUGCAAGUACACCACCACCAAUCCACCGACAGGGUAGUGCAUCACCUCCACCCAGCACUCCACCACGUGACAACGCAAUCGCUGAGAUGUCACGACUUACAUUAUGGAAUCUCUACAACAACAACACAUUGUAUCCGAAUAUGCAUCAGCAGCCGCUAUCACCACAGCCCCCGCACUCGCCAAAUCCCCAGGCUUCGAGUCCUGAACCUCAGAGGGAGGCCCUCGAUCUCGGUUUGAGAUCAUCGCCAAUGUCCUCAUCACCCACAAGACACAGCCCCCAAUCCUCCGGUGGCAGUAUGAGGGUGAAAAAGGAUACUGAGUUAACUGGCAACACUGGACCACCACCACCCAAGAGAUCUCUCUCAGACGACGAGUCAACCCACGACAAAUACGUGCCCUCAUUACCUGGUACACACAUUAAAAUAUCAAACAGGGGAGACGGCAGAAAUGGGGAUAAUUCUCUAGUUGUCAGUAUGGAAUUGAACGGUGUCAUGUAUGAGGGAGUUUUAUUCGCCCAGUCACACAAUACAAAUGCUAAUGCAACGAAUAAUAAUACCAAGGCAGCGAGGAGUAUUGUAUCGUGAAUUCCUACAUUUUUUCAUGAAAACGGGUAUAUUCAAACAAAAACUGACUUCUAUUUUAAGUUUAAGAGCAUCUGUGUAAUGAUUAAGUAACGAACGAACGUGGCCGAUGUCGUCAGUUGAUUAAUGGUUUUUUUUUUAGAUGAGUGCCUGAUGAGUGGUGUUAUUCGAAUGACUAGUGAGUUUUAGAAUUAUUUCAAUCACGAUGUAUGUACUCCUUCUUUUCUAAGCAAUUCAACGAUCUGAUGGAUGGGCUGCGUUGUUCGUUUGCUGAUACGUGUGAAUUUUCUUGUGUGAAUGGAUUUUUUUUUCUCGGCGUGCAAUCGGAGGGAUAAUAAUAGAGUUGAACAUUUUUAUCGCUAUCAUGCCUUGCGAUCCUCUCAUUCAAGAAGAUUCGGCACGACUCUUUGUACUGAGUGGUACAAAUUUUGAUAUUGGUCAAAUGAUGGUAGAAGGUUUUCUUAAAUGAGAGAGCAACAUUUAAUAUUAAAUAGUAUUAAACCUACGGAGGGAAUGCUCUCUGGGUUUUUCUUUUUCAUGUUCAAUCUUUUAAAAUGUUUGUACCCCCGAAUCAAAAGAACUUUGAAACCAUCCUAAUUUAUUUAUUAUAUUGUCAGUAAUUAUUAGAUGCUCACGCGCGAGGAAUUUGAUUAAUGUCAGUUUCUUAAAUAAUAUCGCAUUUGAUAGUGAAUCAACGUCUCAUUAUCCCCCAGAUCAUAGAUAUUUUAUAGGAUUUUAUUCACUUUUAAUAAUUGUACAUUUUUUUACCUUCGACCAACAGUUUAUUAUUAUUAUUGAUGGAAAAGAUGAGGAUCAUUGAACACUGGACAAGGGUCUUUUUUAUUCAUUGUUUGUGAUCUUGUCUGUUUGAUAAAAUUGUAUAUAUAGUCAUGGAAUUAUUCGUAGAGUUUAGUGGUAACGCAACUAUAUAAAUAAUCGGAGCAAACAUCCGUAGAGAGCAUAAUGAAUGAUAUCAUAAAUUUUUCUUUUUUUACAUCCAUAAAAAUGCAAAAUGUCCUUAUCGACACUAUUGAUUCGUUGUCAUAAGUUCUGGUGAAUUCGCACACGUGUAAAAGAUAGAGAUAGGGAAGGGACAUGUGAGGAAAAAUAUGAUGAAUUUUCUCGUUGCGAUGAAAUAAAUAAAUGCGUCACAAGAAACGAAAAUAGAAUAUAAUUAUCUCCACGUAAUGUAGAUGUAAUGCUCGAAGGAUAUUUGAAUAAAAUGUUGAAAUGAAGAAAAUGAAGCGAUACUUCAUUGCUGAAGUUGGAAAGUAAAUAAAUGCAUCAGUUUCAAUUUAUUUUUCUUUUUUUUUUAUAGUCAUAGAUUGUAGGAUUAU